AUGUUAUCCUGCGUUUCAUUCUUCAAGCCAGUCAGCAGAGGCUUUUCUGUCUUAUCAUCAUUAAAAAUGACAGAACAUACAUCGGCAAAACACGCCGAAAAACCUGAGCAUACUCCUAAAUGUGAGAAUUUAUCAGAUGCCCAAGCCGCCUUCUUGGACCGUGUUAUUCGCGUAGAUCAGGCUGGUGAAUUGGGUGCGGACUACAUAUACGCUGGCCAAUACUUCGUGUUGGCUCAUAGGUACCCUCAUUUAAAGCCUGUGCUAAAGCACAUGUGGGACCAGGAGGUACAUCAUCAUAAUACUUUUAACAACUUACAGUUGAAAAGGAGAGUCAGGCCCUCCUUAUUAACGCCAUUGUGGAAAGUUGGAGCCUUUGCAAUGGGGGCUGGUACCGCAUUGAUUUCUCCAGAAGCCGCUAUGGCUUGUACUGAAGCCGUCGAGACAGUAAUCGGAAGCCACUACAAUGGUCAAUUGCGAAACCUUGCCAACCAAUUCAAUUUGGAAAGAACAGAUGGAACAAAAGGUCCAAGUGAGGAAAUCAAAUCCUUAACUUCUACCAUCAAACAAUUCAGGGAUGACGAACUGGAGCAUUUGGACACUGCUAUUAAGCAUGAUUCCUACAUGGCCGUUCCAUAUACAGUUAUCACGGAGGGUAUUAAGACGAUUUGCAGAGUUGCUAUAUGGAGUGCUGAAAGAAUUUAA